GACAAGUAAAGAGAAGGGAAGGAGGGCGGGGGGGAAAAAAAAAAAGGGAAAACUCUGAUCUGGGUCUCUGGUUAGGGUCUGGUUGCAGGGUGAUCGAUAGUAAGGGUUAGGGUUCCGUCGUCGUCGCCGGAGAUGGCUUUGGAGUGGGUGGUGCUGGGGUACGCGGCGGGGGCGGAGGCGAUCAUGCUGCUGUUCCUGACCCUCCCGGGGCUGGAUGGGCUCCGGCGGGGGAUAGUGGCCGUCGUGCGUAGCGCGCUGAAGCCGCUGCUUUCGGUGGUGCCCUUCUGCCUCUUCCUCCUUAUGGAUAUCUACUGGAAGUACGAGACCCGGCCGACGUGCGAUCAGGAGCAUGCCUGCACCCCGGCCGAGCACCUCCGCCACCAGAAGUCGAUCAUGAAGAGCCAGCGCAACGCGCUCCUCAUCGCCGCCGCGCUCCUCCUCUACUGGCUCCUCUUCGCCGUCACCAGCCUUAUCGUCCGCCUCAACCAGCUCAACCAACGUAUCGAGAAGCUCAAGAGGCAGGAUUGAUCGAUCACCAGGCGCGCAGAUCCCUCCUGUAGUGGGGCAUAGAGGUAGAACGAACAUAAGUCCCGAUUUCUUGCAAGCUUGGCUUUUCCUCCCUUUAUUGAUUUCUGCUACUGUUUUGGAUUUCGAUCUCUAGACGGAAAAGCACUUAUUGUUACUUUUGAUAUGAUGAUGUGUACGGAUAUUUUGAUUUGUGUACUCUUUCAUAGCUGAUUUGCAUCUUGAAAUGAAUGAAACCCUGAAUUUGAGAUUUAGGGUUUGCAGUUGUUUAUUUGGUCA